GCCAUGAACAAUAUUGUGAUGUUAUGGUAAGAGGUGUGUGUGCUUAGGGUGUUCUUUUCACACACUCACCAACUGUCAUAAUAUGAAAUUUGAAGCAGUUACAUUUAAACAAACGUGUCAUGUAAUUGCUCAGUGAAUGUGCAAGGAGGAUGAACUUGACACAAGUUACUUAUUUUACUCUUGCUGGGUACUUUGAAACCAGAGUGUUCAAACACCUUUUGUUUCUGAUUUUGCUGUGUCUCUAUGUGUUUAUUAUUGUUUCUAAUGUGUUGCUGAUUGUAGUUAUCUGUAUGACCAGAAGUCUACAUGAACCUAUGUACCUGUUUCUGUGCAGCCUGUUUGUAAAUGAACUGUAUGGUAGUACAGGUUUGUUUCCAUUCCUUCUGCUUCACGUUCUCUCUGACAUUCACACUGUCUCUCUUUCCUUGUGUUUCCUGCAGAUCUACUGUGUUUACUCGUAUACCACAAUCGAGUUUUUUACCUUAGCCAUCAUGUCAUAUGACCGUUUCCUUGCUAUAUGUUACCCUCUGCAGUACAGCACAUGCAUGACCUUUAACAGGAUUGCUAUACUCAUUGCUAUAAUGUGGUUACUUGCUUUUCUUAUAGUUACUGGCACGAUUGUCUGUAGUUUGUCACUUAAGCUGUGCGGAAACAUCAUCAACAAUGUAUACUGUGUGAACUACUCCAUAGUGAAACUGUCCUGUGGUGACACCACACCAAACAACAUCUAUGGACUUUUCGUCACAAUGGUCGUAGUCUUUGUUCCUCUGACUUUGAUCCUGUUCACAUACGUGAAGAUUUUAAAAGUCUGUUUCUCUGGUUGUAAACAGAUAAGACAGAAAGCUGUCAGCACCUGCACACCUCACAUGGCCUCACUGCUCAACUUCUCCUUUGGGGUUUGUUUUGAAGUUUUACAGAGCAGGUUUGAUAUGAGCAGUGCCCCUAAUAUUCUAAGAGUAAUUUUAUCUUUAUAUUUUAUUACAUGUCAGCCGCUGUUCAACCCUCUGAUGUACGGACUCAGGCUGUCCAAAAUACGUCAUGUCUGUAAAUGUCUGCUUCGUUUUGACAUGUAGGUGAUUCAUUUGUUCUGUUUGAAUUUUAGUAAAACAUCCCAUAACCACUUCAGAAAACUGUCUCAAUAUGAAUCUGUGAUAUAAUGAUCUUGUUACUAUAUAACAACUGUUGAAAUGUCAUUACCUCUUAUGAAGUAGCAAAAAAUCACUGGCAUAUAUUUGAGUGCCCCAUUGUAUGUAGAAAAUUUAUAAAAUUAAAAGUAAAAUAAAAACUGAAUUGGAUUUAUGUAGCUCAUGCUUGAGAAAAUCUGCUGGCAUAAUUCUAUGGAUCCACAGAUGGACAGGACACUUAAUGUGUAAAUGACGUCAUUUAAAUGUUGAGAAUUCUACAUUUCAAAAACAUCUCUCGAACCGAUGAUCCGACUGAUUUCAAACUUGACAGGUGUCUUGCUACGGGCACGAGUAAGUGCAGUGCCAAGACAGCUGCAACUCUCCCUCUCACUCACACAGUACUGUCAAUGAGACAAGGCACCAUGAAGCCGAGUCAGAUGAAAAACACAGUGCUCGAUUGGCAAGUAACGCUGCACGUCAGACAAGGUGCCAUGAAGCUGAGGCAGACAACGAACACAGUGCCCCCAAUCACAGACUGUUCACCGUACUCCCCUCCUGGAGGAGUUACAGGUCUCUCUGCACCCGAACCAGCAGGUUCAGAGGAAGCUUCUUUCCUGCAGCUGUCACCCUACUGAACUCUAGCUCUGCCUCCCGGUGAAAACCAACCAACUGUUAUGCAACCAUGUAGUUAAUUUUUCCAUAUUUAUUGUAUGUCAUUAUGUCAGUAUCAGUAUUUGCUUUCUACCAUAGACAAAUAACAAUUUCACUGAACCUUUGCCGUGUAAUAGUAACAAUGAGCACUCAAACACACCAAACCAACAAUUACUAAAAACACAGACAAAAACUGAUUUUGCACAGGCAUUGCACAAGUAAUAAUAAUGUUCACUGCUGCUAUUACUUCAUCAUAAUCCUGUACUUAACUAUAGUGUCAUAUAAUUUGGAGUUUUUCAUAACAUUGAACAAAUCAGUGUUUGUUCACGUUUCUCAUUUAGUUUG